UGAAAAUCCUCAGACACAUGCCGUCUCUCUGUGUCUGAAACUCCACACACCACCAAUUCCACCUCCACACUCUUCUGGUCCUCCAAGCUUCCAAAACUGCUUCAGGUGAGGGCAAACAGGGGAAAUGGCGACUGGAUCUGUUCCGACCUCGUUUUCAGGCUUGAGGAGAAUGGAUUGCAACUUAGGGUCUUCGAAGAGUGUGGAUUUUGUAAGAGUUUCUGAUAUGCAGAGGAUUACGUAUGGAAGAAGGAAGGUGUCGGUGAUAAGGAAUUCAAACCCCAGUUCAGACAUCGCAGAACUUCAAGCUUCAUCUGAAGGGAGCCCUCUGUUAGUUCCCAGGCAAAAGUAUUGUGAGUCCAUUCACAAAACUGUGAGGAGGAAAACAUGCACUGUGAUGGUUGGGAAUGUGGCUCUUGGAAGUGAGCAUCCUAUAAGAAUUCAAACGAUGACUACUACUGACACAAAGGAUGUUGCUGCAACAGUUGAACAGGUCAUGAAAAUAGCAGACAAGGGAGCAGAUAUUGUUAGGAUCACAGUUCAAGGGAAGAGAGAAGCUGAUGCAUGCUUUGAAAUUAAGAACUCCCUUGUUCAGAAAAAUUAUAAUAUACCUCUGGUGGCAGAUAUUCACUUUGCUCCUUCUGUUGCAUUGCGAGUUGCUGAAUGCUUUGACAAGAUCCGUGUCAACCCAGGAAACUUUGCUGAUAGACGAGCACAGUUUGAGAAGCUAGAGUUCACAGAUGAGGACUAUCAAAAAGAACUUGAGCAUAUUGAGCAGGUUUUUACUCCGUUGGUUGAGAAAUGUAAGAAAUAUGGAAGGGCAAUGCGUAUUGGGACCAAUCAUGGAAGUCUUUCGGAUCGUAUAAUGAGCUACUAUGGGGAUUCACCUAGGGGAAUGGUUGAAUCUGCAUUUGAAUUUGCAAGGAUUUGCCGGAAGUUGGAUUACCACAACUUUGUUUUCUCAAUGAAAGCAAGCAACCCAAUCAUUAUGGUCCAGGCAUACCGGCUGCUUGUAGCUGAAAUGUAUGUUCAAGGGUGGGAUUAUCCAUUACAUUUAGGAGUUACUGAAGCUGGUGAAGGUGAAGAUGGACGGAUGAAGUCUGCAAUUGGUAUUGGAACCCUACUUCAGGAUGGUUUGGGUGAUACAAUCAGGGUCUCUCUUACAGAACCACCAGAAGAAGAGAUAGAUCCCUGCAGAAGGCUGGCCAACCUUGGUAUGAAGGCAUCUGAUAUUCAGCAAGGAGUGGCUCCAUUUGAAGAAAAGCACAGGCAUUAUUUUGAUUUCCAACGCAGAACUGGUCAAUUGCCAGUGCAAAAGGAGGGUGAAGAGGUGGAUUAUAGGGGUGUCCUUCACCGUGAUGGCUCUGUUCUCAUGUCAGUCUCUCUGGAUCAGUUGAAGACACCUGAACUCUUCUAUAAAUCACUAGCAGCAAAGCUUGUCAUUGGCAUGCCAUUUAAGGAUCUGGCAACAGUGGACUCAAUUUUAUUGAGAGAGCUUCCCCCUGUAGACGACAAUGAUGCUCGGCUAACUCUCAAAAGGCUGGUAGAUGUAAGUAUGGGGGUUAUAACUCCUCUGUCAGAGCAGUUGACAAAACCCUUGCCCAAUGCCAUGGCUCUGGUGAACCUGAAGGAAUUAUCAACUGGUGCUUACAAGCUUCUGCCAGAAGGCACACGCUUGGUUGUGUCUGUACGUGGUGAUGAGCCCUAUGAAGAUCUAGAAAUCCUCAAAGAAGUUGAUGCUACAAUGAUUCUUCAUGACCUGCCAUUAACUGAAGAAAAAAUCAGCAGAGUACAUUCAGCAAGGAGACUAUUUGAGUAUCUGUCUGACAAUGCUCUGAACUUCCCUGUAAUUCACCACAUACAGUUUCCUAAAGGGAUUCACAGGGAUGACUUGGUUAUCGGUGCUGGUGCCAAUGCGGGAGCUCUUUUGGUAGAUGGUCUUGGGGAUGGUCUUCUAUUAGAAGCCCCAGAGCAGGACUUCGAUUUUCUUAGGAAUACUUCUUUCAAUCUGCUACAAGGUUGCAGAAUGAGGAAUACAAAGACGGAAUAUGUCUCAUGCCCAUCAUGUGGUCGAACUUUGUUUGAUCUGCAAGAAAUAAGUGCACAGAUACGAGAGAAAACAUCUCACUUGCCUGGUGUUUCUAUUGCUAUCAUGGGUUGCAUUGUAAAUGGACCCGGGGAGAUGGCUGAUGCAGAUUUUGGGUAUGUUGGUGGCGCUCCAGGGAAGAUUGACCUUUAUGUCGGGAAGACGGUUGUAAAGCGAGGAAUUGCUAUGGAGCAUGCAACUGAUGCCUUGAUCCAGCUUAUAAAAGAUCAUGGCCGCUGGGUGGACCCUCCCGCAGAAGAGUAAACCUUGGCAGAUUUAGUUGGUUGAUGGAAUAAAGAGUCAGCUAAAGAGAAAUCCUUGAGUCUCCUCACAGUAUAUCGGGUUCUCAAAGCUGAAAUCAAUAUAGUAAAUGCCCGUACAAAUAUGAAAAAAUCUUCCAUCAGAGUAAAUUAUGUUCUUCAAUCAGUGUUCUCAUUGACAAAACAAAUUGCAAAAUUUCAUACAAGGUUAUAAAAAUUCUAUCAACCAGAAUGCAUACAUUUGGAAGAAA